CGCCAACCCUCCAGCUGUCCAUCCGAUCUCUCAACGAUGAGCAACAGACAGCUUUGCUUUCAAAUCAUCUGAUAUACCGUGACACGAUAAAUCAGACCCUGUUUCUGGAAGCCCGCAGCAUUUCCUUCGAUCUCUGCGAUUUUGCAACACCGAGAGUCAGUCAAAGGCUUUUGGAAUUCCAAAAGCUCGAGACAACGACACUGACGUCACGUCAGAAGCCACAGUAGCUUUGGCGGCAUUCAACUUCAACUGCCAAACACCUACGUUGCACCGCACACAUACAUACACUAACGUUAUGCUCCCAAACGUCGACCCAGCAAUUCUCGAAGCCCUGGGUCUCGAGGCGACCAGUUCCAAGCUGGUCUCCCACGGAGGCUCAAGUUUCUCUUCCACCCUCAAGCUCGUCGCCACCAAGAACGGCGAAGAGCUGACCUACUUUGUCAAGACUGGCACCGGCCCUGAUGCCGAGAUCAUGUUCCGAGGUACUUUUCCAGGCGAACACGCCUCCCUCAAUGCCUUGCACUCAGCUGACCCCUCCCUCCAUCUCUGCCCGCGCUCCCACGCCCACGGGGCCAUGCGCUCGUCCCCCGGCAAGUUCUUCCUUGUCACCGACUUUCUGGACUUCAAUUCGACCGCGCCAGACGGCACGGGCCUGACGCUCGCCGCCAAGCUCGCCAAGCUCCACACCACGCCGGCACCCAUUCCCAAGGGGUUUUCUAAGCCCAUGUUUGGCUUCCCCGUGCCGACGUGCUGCGGCGCGACGAAGCAGGACAACACGUGGACGGAGUCGUGGCCCGAGUUCUAUGCCGAGCACCGGUUGCGGGCGGUCUUCCGGGAGGCGGUGAGGAAGAACGGGCCCGACAAGGAGCUGGCCGAGGCGGUGGAGAAGGUGGCGAGCGCGGUGGUGCCGCGGCUACUUGGCCGCUUGGGGGGCGUGGUGCCGGUGGUGGUGCACGGGGAUCUGUGGAGUGGCAACCACGGCCGGGGGAGGAUUGGGGGCAAAGGGGGCGUCGAGGAGGUUGUGUUCGAUCCGUCGUGCGUACAUGGACACUCGGAGUACGAGCUGGGGAUUAUGCGCAUGUUCGGCGGGUUUGGGCGCAGCUUCUGGAGGGAGUAUGAGAGCCUGGUCCCGAAGGCGAACCCGAAGGAGGAAUGGGACGACCGGAUUUCGCUGUAUGAGCUGUACCACCAUCUCAAUCAUUAUGCACUGUUCGGCGGAGGAUAUCGAAGCGGCGCGAUGUCCAUUAUGCGGAAGCUUAUCUCCAAAUAUGGGUAGCUAACUCACAAGAAGUUACCUGAUAUAUGAAAGCGCCUUGGACGGAUAGGCUUUGUCGAUGGAUAUAGAAGGCUAUUGUCACGUGAUCCACUGCACUUCUCAUCCCCAGGCUUGUUCAGGCACAUUUAAGGUAACCACUU